AGUACCAGACUUUCUUAUGGCUGCAAUGGCAAAGUAGGCCAAUAUUGUGAAGUGAAGUUUGUUUUCUCACCAGGAAAACACGUGUAGGUUUUUGUUUUCUUUUGUGUAAAGCGAAUUUCUUGGUUAUUAUAUUUGCGAUUGUUGAGAUUCGUCGGAAGGUUUAACUGCUAUGGCCUAACCUAAAGUUUAAAAAUAUAAUUACAUAUGUAUUUAUAAAUAAACGAUCAUCGUUGUUAUAUGUAAUGUGCUAAAUAAGUUAUUCACUGCCCGUUUAAAAAACAAUACACUGAAUAUUACGAACAAAGGAGGGCAAUAGAAAGGUAGAAAGAUUGGUGAAACUUUUUAGGUGAGAAUAUUAUCCUAGAAAGGCUGGCCUGUGUGAAUGUUGCAUGGAGAUGUACGACUGAGUCAUGUCUGAGCAAGAGCACCAAGAUCUGGCGUCCUUCAUCAAAGGUGUGCAUCAUGCACUGCGACGCGAGUCGAAGAAGGUCGGCGUGGAGCGGGCGUGGGCAGAACACUGCAGCCAACACGACCUGCUGCAGCGGUAUGCGGAGAGCAUGCGACGGCUGGCCACCGAGUUCUGGGACAGAGAGAGUGACGGUGGCGGCCGGUCGAGGAUCGACUGGGUCGCGGAGAAGUGUCUGCAGUACUUCGCGCACGGCGGUGCUGAGUUGGAGCGAGAGAAGGAGAAGAGGCAAGAGAAGCAUCUGAUAUCGAGGCACAACUGUGGGGUGGAGGAUCGAGAUGACAGCAGAAAGCCGGAACGGAAUCUUCAGAGUUCCAUCACAAGUCGCUUGUGCCUGCUGGACGUUGGAAGUUGCUAUAACCCUUUCAAGGACUUCCAGUGUUUCAGAGUCCUCCCCAUCGACAUUGCCCCCGCGUCACCAGAAGUCCUGCGCUGCAAUUUCCUUGACCUGGAGGUCACAACUCCAGAGACGUCAGAUCUCGAUUGGGAUACAAUGAGUUCGUCUUCCUCCGUGAAUCGACUCCCGGGAAGCUCGUUCCAUGUCGUCGUCUUCUCGCUGUUCCUAGAGUACUUGCCCUCCCCAGAACACCGGUACGCCUGCUGCGAGAAAGCACACUCGCUGUUGCGCGACGAGGGCCUCCUGUUCAUCGUGACGCCGGACAUCAGGCAGGCGUCCCGGGGCUCCGUGCUGAUGAAGAACUGGCGGGUCGCCCUCGCCUACGCGGGGUUCUCGCGGGCCUACUACGAGAAGUUGGCCCACGUCCAGUGCAUGGCCUAUCGCAAAUGCCCCGAACGCAGCGUCCCGAUGCUCUGGGCGGCCAGGCAGAAAGUUUCGGGCGACGACGCAAAGUUGAUACACAUCCCUCAAGACUUCCGCGAUCAUGACGCAACAGCGGACGAAUUUGCACCCAGGUUUAGUGAAAAUGACGAAGGCAGAGAUGAAGAAAAAAUUGUUAGUUUGUUCACAGAGCUCCCAGAUUGUAUUAGCUGAGGCAUAUUUCUUGUAGCUAAGAAGUUAAGAGGUCCACCUAGCCAUGGGCCUGUUUAUAUUAGUGAGGCAAGACGGCAAGUGCGAUACUCACUGAUGCUUCUAGCGCGGUAUUGCAUCCAUGAAGAUUAAGGUGUUUUUUAUGUCCCUUUAGUACUUUUAAGCAUCUUUUGCAGGAGUAUCAUAUCGAAAAAUUAUUGACCCAGUAACAGAACUUCUCUACUAAUCCAAUCUCAGCAUAUAUAUUAAAUGCUUUUUGUAAACAGAUACUACUUAGUCUGAUAUUUUCAGAGGUUUUAAAAUUACCUUUUUUAUACCCUGAAGUUCUGUUGACCAUAGUGUACCCAUGUGUGUGGGGCCUUAACAUUUAACACAUAAAAACAGUGUUUGGCAAUAAUCCAAUAAUCAUGCAUUACUUUAAAAUUGCCCCACAUGUAAAAAAAACCCUAAAAAAUAAGUUGUCAUGUAUCUGUAUUUACAAAUGAACAUAAUUUAUUGUAAAAAUUUUUCCCCGACAGGUUUACAAUAUUUUAAUUUGUUCAAAACAGCAAUAAUUAGUUUUAGUUUUUUGUGCUGUAAAUUGCUUGUAUAAUAUAAAAAAAUUUAAAUUUAAGAAGAAGAGUUAUGCAAAUACUGCUAUUCUUUGAUGAAUCUAAAACUAAAUGAUACAGAACUUUCGUAAAAUAAAAAAUUAAAUACUUGCAAGGUUUACCUCUAAGUAAAAAAUUGUUUUCUGACUUGCAAAAAAGUAAUAUUUAUCAUGAAAUAUAAAUUUAAAAAAUAUGUAAGCUAAUGUUAUUUGACUUACUACAGAAUAUAUCCUGUGCCUUUUUCGGGUGAAUUAAUGAAACACUUGCAUAAAAUUUUUUUAAAAACAAAUUACUAAGUAAAUAGCAAUGUUAUUUAUGUUGCAUCCAUUAACUGUCAAAAAUUUUAAAAAUUGAGAAAUUUCAAAAGACUGAAAUCUAAAGUAUGUAAACAGUAUAGUUAAAACUCAUUUAUCUGGACUAACUGGGGCCAAAGACAAUCUAGGCAAUCGAAAAUCUGGAUAAUCCGGGUAAUAUGGCCCUAAAUAAGCAGACUUUACCAUUAGUUUAGUGACAAAAAUGCAUACUGUACAUUUUGCCCAAUAUUAUUUACAUGUUAACUUGUAUUGGUGUACUUAUAGUUAUGUUCUUGUUAACAUAGUUAAAAAAAAUUUUUAUGAAGAUUAAAUAAAAUGUUUACAAAUCUGA